GGUGUCGCUGGCGUCACAAUUCUGUUUCAACCCAAAACAUAACGAAGAAGACACGCGAGCUGUCAACAAGAGCUAUCUGUGAAAGCAGCAGAAAUGUCAACAGAUCGCCCUCAUCCAAACUAUAAAAACGCUUAUGGUUCAGUAUUAAUGUGAGCUUUUCCCGGUGAUUUCAGCAGCAGUGGGAGCACAGAUCCACAGGGUGAUCAUGGCCAACCAUCCAGCACCGCUGCCCUUGAGGGAGUUCUGCCCACUCUACUACCUUCUCAAUGCCAUCCCUGCUAAAAUCCAGAAAGGUUUCCGUUCAGUACUGGUCUACCUGACCGCACUGGACAGCAACAAUGAUUAUAUAGCCAUUGGCAGCAGCAUCGGCAUGCUGUACCUUUACUGCAGGAGAGUGAGCCAGAUGAACAAAUACAAUUUAGAGGGUAAAUGUGAGGCCAUUACUGCAGUGAAAUUGCUGAGUUGUUUUGACGAUCUUGUGGCUGUUGGAACGGCAUCAGGCCGGGUUGCUUUCUUUCAGCUUGUGUCACCAUUGCCUGGCAGAAAUAAACAGCUGAGAAGGUUUGAUGUGGUGGGCUUGCACAAAAGUACAAUUACUGCAUUAGCCUGGAGUGCUAAUGGCAUGAAGCUCUUUUCUGGUGAUGAUAAAGGGAAGGUGGUCUACUCUGCUGUGGACUUGGACCAAGGAGUGUGUAAUCCUGUGGUUCUCUUCGAAGAGCCUUCAGCAAUAGUUCAGUUGGAAUAUAGUCAGAAAGUACUUCUGGUUUCAUCCUAUCAGCGCUCUAUGCUCUUCUACACGCAAGAGCAGUCGCAUCAGCAGCUGGGCACUAAACCACGUAAAAGCAAUGGCAAGUUUGGUGCUUGCUUCCAGCCAGCUCUUUGCAAGCAGAGUGAUCUUGUGGUUUACGCAGCCAGGCCAGGGUUGCGUCUCUGGAGGACGGAUGUGCGAGGACGUGUUGGGGAGACCCAUGUCCUAAAGCCCCUUUUUAAUCAGGAUGUACCUCAGUUUGAGCUGUUCCCACGUUCAGGCUCCACCGGUGGCUACAGACCUUCAGAAAGACAGUUGGGAAUGGUCAGCUGCUUCCUGAAGGAGGGCUGGGUCCUCAGCUGGAACGAAUAUAGUGUUUAUGUUGUUGACUGUACCAAUCAGGUCAUCAUUGGAGGAUUGGAAAGCAGUGGAGAUAUAGUGUCUGUGUCAUGCACUGAGAAUGAAAUCUUCAUUCUGAAAGGAGAUCGGGACAUUUUGCGGAUCUCAAAUUGCCCUGAGGGAUUGGUUUCUAACUUAUUAGACCAAUCCUACCGUUUUACAUCUCCUCUUUCCACACCCACCAUUUUGCUGCCUCCUAAUGGUGCCGUGGAAACCGCUCAGCCAAUAAGGACCAUGCCCAUCAUUACAGAGCCCCAGACUCAAGCUAGUCCCAGCUCAGAGGAUGUACAUGAUGGGGUUGAGGAGUCAGAGGAGGUGCAGGAGGAGCAGCAUCUUGAGUUAUUCAGUCAUGCGGUCGAGGCUCUGGAGGUGGCAGAGGACUUGGAGCAGCAGCGGGCCAGUUUGGGUACAGUGGAGUCCCGCAGCCGCAGCAGCUCCAUCACCUCAUGGGAGAGCGCACAGGGCAUGUUCACCACCACAGAGGCUUCCACCUCAGAGCUCUCCUCCAGCAGAUACAGCGCCAUCACUCAAGAAGACUUCCAACAGGAGCUGGUGGUCAAGGCCAUCAAGCUGAAGAAGAAAGGCAAGAGGAGACGACAAGAUAGUGGGAAUCGUGUCAACGAGCGCAACAGCUGGUCUGAGAGCAUUUUCAGCCAGGACGGUGCAGGCAGUGACGUUCUAAACACACCCAUGAGUGAGCCUCCUUCUGACCACACCAGCAUCCUGUUCAGCAGCCUCGACCUGCACAGCACCGGCUCACCCGACCAAGACGGUUCCGUAUGUGGAGAAUCCCACAGUUCCAAUGCCUUCCCCAUUCAGAGCCCAUCAGAAUGUUUACAGAGUCAAGAGACUUGUCAGGAUCCAGUUACCCAAACAGCAGAGACUUUGCCGCCUUGCCCUACAUCACUGUCACUAAAAGACACGGAGUGUCAGGUGUGCAGUGAAAAUGUGUUUGCAGAAAACAACCAAACUGCAGCUACUCCUGACGUGGACAUGCUGCUGGAAUGUACCUUCUCGUAUAUGCAGGCAUCUGAUGAGCAGGACAUCAUGAAGGAAUAUGUGAAGGAAGGCAAAGACACCGUGGAGGAUUCAGAACAACAGUUUAAAAAUAGUUUAUAUGGGGACUUUAAUUUGGACUUAUCUUAUGAUCCCAUUAGACCACUGGGUUACUCCCCAGAACCUGAGCCAACGCCAUCUAGUGACGAGGAGGACAUCUAUGCACAUGGAAUGCCAUCCAGUGCUAGUCUGGGGGACGGACUAAACGCUCUGAGUCUGCAGAGCUCAUCUGCUAAGCAGAAAGAGGAUGAAGAGAUGCAGCUCCUCAAAGCUGACCAGUUGGCUGAAAGUUGGAUGGGCUACAGUGGGCCUAGCUGUGGCAUCCUCAGUCUAGUAGUGACGGACAGGUUUAUCUGGUGUCUAGACUUCAAAGGAGGCCUUUUCUGUAGUGGUCUUCCUAACGGUGGCUUGAGCUGGCAGAAGUUUGAGGAAAAUGUCCAUCAGGUGGCUCUGUCCCCUUCAGGCUCAUUGCUGUGGAAGGUGGAGCAGAAGACCAUGACUGCUUAUGCUUGCGGGAAAGUCACCAUCAAGGGAAAGAGACACUGGUACAAAGCCCUGGAUGACACAGCAUUUGUGGCACUUAGUGAUGACACAGCCUGGAUCAUUCGCACUAAUGGAGACCUGUACCUACAGACAGGGCUGAGUGUGGACAGGCCAUGUGCGCGGUCAGUGAAGGUGGACUGUCCCUGCCCCAUGGCGCAGAUGGCAGCACGGGGCAGUGUGGUGUGGGCACUGAGCGAGCAGAGGGGCGUGUUUUACAGAGAGGGUCUCAGCAGCUACUGUGCGGAGGGGGAACACUGGAAGUAUGACACCAUCAGUGAGAGCCAAGGUCUGGAACCCAUCUGUAUUGCUCUGGGAGAGAAUAACACAGUCUGGGCAUUGGACACCAGUGGCAGCUUAUGGUUCAGAACGGGGGUCACGGCUAAAAAACCCCAGGGUGAAGAUGACCACUGGUGGCAGGUGAGCAUCACAGACUAUAUGGUGUUUGAUCAGGGCAGCCUUUUACAGACUUUGAUCCAGGCCACACAGACUGUCGCCACAGCAACCAGAGCUCCAGUAGAGAGGGUGGCUGAACGUCUGCGUGUGGCCUUCCUCUCCCAGCACUCCCAGUGCCAGCCUAGCCUCAUCAGUGUCAGCACCAGUGGUGUCUGGAUUGCUUCUGGACGCAAUGACUUCCACGUUGCCAAGGGCAGCCUCAUCGGGACAUUUUGGAAGUGUAUUGUACCCAGAGGAACUGCCUCUGCCACGAAAUGGGCCUUUGUGUUCUCCUCUGCUGUUCCAGCCAAAGAGGGGAGUUUCCUGUGGUUAGGUCAGAGCAGGAAAGAUCUGUUCUGUAUCUGGGACCAAGAUCUCCAGAUGCGGCCCUUAACCAUACAGUUCCCCCCAGACGUAGAGAUGGUGCAGCUCUCUGCCUGUCGUGACGCUCUUUGGGGUUUAGAUCACUAUGGUCGUGUCCACAUCCGUACUUUAUCAGCCACUUGCUCUACAGGAAUUCACUGGACAUUAUUGGACCUCAGCCAGCUCGGGCACGUGAAGUUUCUCAGUUUGUCUUGUGGCAGUCAGAAUGUUUGGGCAUGUGAUGCUAAUGGAAUGGUGUAUUUUCGGGUUGGAACUCAACCUUUGAACCCCAGCAUGAUGCUCCCUGCCUGGAUCUGCAUCGAACCUCCCGAACAGCCUGCUGGGCUUCAUCUGGUGAAAAUUCAGACUAGUCCUAAUGACCGCAUGCUGUGGGCACUGGACAACAGAGGCAAUGUGCACGUGCGCACCGGCAUCACUGAGGAGAUGCCUGUUGGGACUGCAUGGGAGCACAUUCCUGGACUACUGGCAAGUCAACUGGUUCUAAGCAUGAGGACCGCUUGGGUUCGCCUUUCUAACGGUGAAGUGGCUCGUCGAUACGGCAUUACAGAGAAGAACCCUGCUGGAGACUACUGGAAGAAGAUCCCAGGACUGGUCAACUGGCUCGCAGUGACCCCGAUGGAUGAACUGUGGGCAGUUGCUCCUAAUGGUGCUCUCAACCAGCGCCUUACCAAAACUCUGCAAAACAAUAGGAACAAAAACCAUGGCAACGCGGGUUCGCUGAGUGGAGAGGAGCUGGAGGAAGAGUGGGAGGUGAUUUAGAUGCCACAAAUUGUGUCAAUCAUCCCAGACUCACUGUUCUGUGAAAUUUCUUUCUAGGCACUUUACUCAUUUCUUCUUAAAGGAGUAGUUCACCUGAAAAAAAUGAGAAUUCUGUCAUCAUUUACUUACCCCUCAUGUUGUUCAUAUGAGUGUUUUAUGUUCUGUUGAACCCUACCUUUUUUUAAAUACCAUGUGCACCUUGUGAACUGAAAAUGUUUACCCAUUUUGUUUUAUUCAGCGUAUUAUUUAUUAAGUUUUAAUAUCCACAUGCACAGUUAGAUCCGUUAUUUUGUUACUUGUGUUGAUUUAAAACGGAGGCUCCAUUAUACUAUUCAAAAGUUUGUGGUCAGUUGUAUUUUUGAGAGAAAUUAAUACUUUUAUUCAGGAAGGAUGCAUUUAAUUGAUCAAAAGUGAUAGUAAAGACUUAAAAUGUCACAAUUUAUUUUUCAAAUAAUUUGAUCUUUCCAUUCAUGAGAGUAUCUUAAAACAAAAUGAAUUACUGUUUCCACAAACAUAUUGAGCAGCGCAAACAUUUUAAACACUGAUAAUAAUAAGAAAUGUUUCUUGAGAAGCAAAUCAUCAUAUUAGAAUGAUUUCUGAAGGACCAUGCGACACUGAAGACUGGACUAAUGAUGCUGAAAAUUCAGCUUUGCCUUCACAGGAAUAAAUUACAUUUUAAUACAUUACAAUAAACAUUAAUGAAUAAAAAAAAUAAAAAAUUAAUACAUUAAAAUAAUUUUAAAUUGUAAUAAUAUUUCACAGUAUUACUGUAUUACUGUAUUUUGAUCAAAUAAAUGCAGCCAUUGUGAGACAAAAACAUUAAACAAAAAAAUCUUACCAACUUCAAACUUUUGAAUGGUAGUGUAUCCUAAUGCACUUUGCUCACUAGAUAGGGAAAUAUUUAAUGUGAAACUGUUUAUACUGUGGCUGUGGUCAACUGCUUUAGAAGGAUAGAUUAUGUAAAUAUCUCUUAUUUGACCAAACUCAUUUAAUUAAACACAUCAUUAUAGAUACAGGAAAUAUAUGUCACAAUACACUUUAGACUAACAAACAAGAGGGCAUUUGGAAGGGCAGGGUGACUUCUUUUUUGAGAAAAGGAACUAGAUUUGCAUCCGCUUUAGUUGAGGAAGUUAAGGGAUUCAGCUCUAUCUGUAAAUACACUUGUACCUUAUUAAAUACUUGACAGGAGUAAAAUCAUGGUAGCAUUUGGCACAUAUCUGUGAGUCGUAUAGAGAGCAUGGUCUCUGACUUACCGCUGCCUACACUGUAGUGAUGUGUUGCAGUUAAUUGUGAGGUAUUUUAAAAGGACGGUUCGACUUUAAACUCUUAAAACAGAUAAACUAUUUGAACUUACUACUUGGUUGAUAGAAUCUAUCAUAGUCUGUUCUGAAAAAACUGUAUAUUAAUGCUAGACAAGCAUUCCUCAUAUACGUCCAUAUACAGAACGCAUCUUGAUGAGUAAUCUAUCAUAGAUAACUAAAUAUUAAUUCAGUGCUAGCUCUGAUGUUUCAUUUUCUCUCCUCUCUCUUUAUUGUCUGACUGUGAAGUCUUUAUUUUUUAGAUUUUGACACCUCAGUAAUGCAUCAUAUGCAAAAAGAUUGAAAUGACCAUGCAAGCAUUGCUGCAAGUUGUUUUUGCUAUUUGUUCGUAAUAUUUGCCAUUGUUUUGGACUAUUCUGCCCCACUAGUUUCCGUUCUGCACUUAGACCAUAUUGUCAGUCAUAUUAAAGUGAUAAAUGUGGUACACUGGACAUGUAAUGCUAAGCCAGUGUGGUUUAAGUGGUGAUUCAACUCACAUAUUAAACUAUAAUUCUGUGGUCUUUGCUCCAUGCUUAGUCAUGACAAACUUCCAAAUAAAAUGUUUACAAUAA